UCGCUAACAAUCGUGUGUGGCACACUUUUAAUUGUUUGCUUACGGUCAGCGCCUGCGUAACGGUAAUAUGAUGUAUUUAGUGCAAAUUUUAUGUUUGCUGUUCGUCAUCCGUUGUGGUGUGUCAGAAAAUGACGAAAAUUUCGAUAGCCUAACGACAUCUGUUGCCGGCUUGGAACAGUUAAUCGAAACGGAAUUUAUUCUUAUUCAAAAUUUGGAAUAUUACGCCGAUGAGUUGCAAGACAAAUUAUAUAUAAUUCGCAGUUUGGUUACGAAUCUACGUGAGGAGAACAAUAAAGCCCGUCAAAAUCCAGGAUAUUAUGUCUCCAUACCAACAAAUGUCCUUUCACUGGUGCGUCGUUUGCAAAAAGAUUGGGUAUAUUUGGAUAUUUAUAUGAAACAAAGUGUUGGCGAAAAACAAAUCAAAGCGCUGCAUGAACAUUGGUCACAUUUACCACAACCGGGGGAUGUGGAUGAAGCUGUGAAGGCAAUCAGCCGACUGCAGGACACCUAUGAGCUUCAAGCAGCAGAUCUAGCGGAUGGUUUAAUAAAUGGCAAGAAAUAUGACACCAAACUAACAACACUCGACUGUUACACAAUGGGCUAUGAGCUCUUUAAUCAAAAUGAUUAUAUAAAGGCUGGCUAUUGGCUUUAUGCGGCAACGCAAUUAUAUGAAGACGAUGUGAUGCUAAGACUGCAUGAUUUGAGUAAUGCCAAAAUUAUGGAACUCUACGCUGAAACGCUGUUAAGGCAAAUGCGCUAUCAGGAUGCACUCUCAGUUAUGAAGGUGGUCCAGGCUUUACCCUCCACACCGGCAACGAAUUCACAACUGUUGAGGAAAAUAAACGAAGUGGACCUGCACAUUAAGACCUACAAUCCAAGAGUAGUGCCGCAUCCGAAAAGGGAACCAACAGACUAUGAACGUGGUUGUCGUGGCGAGUUCACGACACACAACACUAAAUUUUAUUGUAUUUACAAUAAAACAACAACGGCUUUCCUAAAAUUAGCGCCACUUAAAAUGGAGAUCAUUAGUCUCGAUCCAUAUUUGGUGAUCUUCCACGAUGUUAUGAGUGAUGGCGAAAUAAGAUCACUGCAGGAAAUGGCUAAACCGAUAUUAAGACGUGCCACCGUGUACAAUGAGGAGCGAAAACGAAGCGAGGUUGUAUCGCGACGCACUUCGAAAUUCGCCUGGUUCUACGAUCACACAAAUGAGAUUACGGAGCGCAUUAACAAGCGCAUUGAAGAUAUGACUGGUUUCGAUCUCGACGGUUCGGAGAUGCUGCAAGUGAUGAACUACGGUCUCGGUGGUCAUUAUGAUACGCAUUUCGACUUCUUCAAUGUUUCGAUGACGGCGGAUAUUGUAGCGAUGCAAGGUGAUCGUAAAGCCACGGUGCUCUUUUAUAUGACCGAUGUUGAUCAAGGUGGUGCUACGGUCUUUCCAAAUAUACAAACUGCUGUCUUUCCCAAAAAAGGCACGGCUGUGAUGUGGUAUAACCUCAAUAAUCGCUUCCAGGGUGACUAUAAGACUUUGCACGCCGGUUGUCCGGUAUUAGUCGGUUCGAAAUGGGUAACAAACAAAUGGGUACGCGAGAGAAAUCAAAUGUUCAGGUUACCCUGCUAUAAGGAACAAUCGUGAUUAACAUUUAAAUAACUAUUUAGUGCUAUUAAUUUGUCUUUUUUAUUUGCUUAGCAUAAGUUCACAGAAGUCUUAGCUUUUAAAAUGAAGUUUUUGUAAAUUAUAAAG